UUCUUUUUUUUCUCGAUGAAACAAGUAAUAAAAGAUCAAAACAAAGAAACAAAUAUGACCAAACACUUGUAAAAAUUUAAGCGGCAUGCCAAUCCGAAAUUCCUACAAGCUACACCGUAAAAGGCUUUUGGAGAGUUACAGGAUUGUGGCCAGUGUCAAUGGAUUUCUGUGUUAUGCUAUUAGUUCUUCUUUCAAACAUCUAUUUGGAGAGUGGAACUUGUUGAAGACUAUUCUUUACACCCUGUUAAGUUUCAGCAUCAGCACCAUGAUGCUAUUUCCCAAGAAAUGCAGGCUUUCAAAGAGCUUCUUGCUUAAAGCUUACGUGGGUGUUCUGGUUUUGCUACUAACCUCUCUCUACUCAUUCUUCGAUGAUAAAUCUAACAAUGGAAAACCAGACCUACUAAGCAUGAUUUCGAGUGCUUCUUUCGCUUUCAUGUCUUUGUCCCUGUCAAGACAAAUUGAUCUUGGCUUUGAAGCUGAGCUCCUCAAUUUCUUUCUUGGAUGCCUAACUAUUCAACUCAUGAAGAUCAACUUGAUGCUCUCCAUCGUUGCAGCCAUAUUUUGCUACUCUCUCAUGAUUCUCCGUUCCAAAUCGGAACCUCAACCACAAUCCCGAACGCCGAGAAUGCAAGACCAUGUAACAGUAGAAAUCGACGCUGCCGAUGGAGAACAACAAAUGCAUGAUGAUGGAUACAGUUGGAGAAAAUAUGAAGAAAACCCAUUAAGAAGGGGAAAUCAGACAAGCUGCUACAGAUGCGCACAUCCCAAUUGCAUAGUUAAGAAGAAAGUAGAGAGAACAAUUGAUGGGGAAAUUAUUCAUGUAAACUACAAAGGUACUCAUGCCCAUUAUCGCAAGCCUAGAUUCACUAUAAAGAGGAACUCAUCAUCUGAAUCUUUUUAUUCAUAUCUGUCGUCAAAGCCUUUCCACACUGAUAUGAUAGAUCAAUCAUUAUUGGCCUUCAAUGGCAAUGGACAAUUGGAUCAUGUAACAGCACCAGAGAGCUCAUCAUUAUCAAUAUGACUUGUGAAAUGCUGAAUUUUAGCAUGCUUCGCAUAAAAAUGUGUCAGAAAGCAGAUGAAGAUCACUCAAGUGGUCAGCUAGUAGAGAAUCCGUUGGAGUCAGUUAUAGCUGUUAUAGUUUGUUAGUGCCAUGCUGGCAGUUAGUUAUCUCAGAGUGUACGGGUUUGGAUAUAAUCAUAUGAUCUCAGGUAUUGGACUUAAUUCCAUUCACAAUACAAACUCAGUUUUUGCAUUCCUUUACUUGUAUCUAUACUUUAGCAUGGAACUUCAUAUUGAACUUUGU